GCCCUAUCGCUGUGCUGGUUUAGUUGAAGGUUUGCAAGUAGCCUCAUGCAUCCAUGGUCUUGGCUUUUGCGCGGAUUCACCGCCUACGAAGUCAAGUGAGUCUCUCUGCACUUUUCCAUUUGAACGGCAGCGUCUUUCCUUUCGCAACGAAAGUUGCGCUGCCCUGCGCUGCGGUGGCAUUUCUGCUCAAGUAUGCGCAGGUGCAAGGAUGGGACAUCGUGUGCGAGGUGUUGGAAAGCGCGGAGAUGGACGCGACUGUGUACCAAGCAUUCUCCACUCUCCUGGGGAUUCUGGUGGUCUUCAGAACGGGGCAAGCCUACAACCGUUUCUGGGAUGGUAGCACACUGACGCACCAAAUGCGCGGAGAUUGGUUCGAUGCAGCCAGCAGCAUUGUGUCCUUCACCAGGACUUCCAAGGCUGACCCACAAGCUCUCUGGGAGUUCCGCCAGAUCGUCGUCCGCCUCUUCAGCAUGCUGCAUGCUCUUAGCCUUGCAGAGCUGGAGGAUGACGAUGACAAGGAUGAAGAACGCUGGGCAUAUCGCUUGCGUGUUAUUGAUGGCACGGGUAUAGACGUGCCUUCCUUGCGGCACUUGAAGAAGGCCGAGUGCAAGGUGGAGUUGGUAUUUCACUGGAUCCAGUCCAUUGUGGUCACCAGCAUCGAGUGUGGCAUUAUGUCUGCGCCAUCGCCCAUUCUCACUCGAGCCUACAGCGAGCUGGCCGCUGGCAUGGUGAAAUUUCACGACUGCUUGAAGAUAGCAAGGAUCUCUGUGCCCUUCCCGUACUCGCAGGCGACGCUGCUGCUAUUGGUAAUGCAUUGGCUCCUGACUCCGUUCGUCAUGACCCAGGGCACGCAAAGUCCGACCGUUUCCUGUAUUUUUACCUUCGUGACGGUCUUUAUCCUUUGGGGCCUGCAUUCAAUCUCCAUUGAGUUGGAGAACCCAUUUGGCGCGGAUGCGAAUGACUUGGACGUGCAUGACAUGCAGCACGACAUGAAUAAUCGCCUCCUGCUGCUGCUGGACCCCGUCAGUGCGUCGAUUCCGACGCUGUCUGGCAAUCACGUGCAAGAUCACGGUGUGCUCUUGAACAUGGAGCGGAAUAGAACGAUGCCAUCCUUCGAGAGCAUGUGGAGGGCCUUGGCCAGUGAGGUGGAGCAAGGCGGGGACUUGAAGCGAGUGCGCCGCAGCAGCACCCAAUUGAAGCGGGGCAGCUUCGCCUGCAAGAAGUCCAACAGCCAGAUCUCCCUCAACACCUACAUGGGUCGAGUCCGGGAUGUCGUGAGCACGCGCACCAUUCGCCUGCCCUGGGGCCGCAAGCCCUCUGAAGGGAGAUCGUGCAAGUCCGGCAAGGCUCCGCGCAGCGCCUACGACAAUGGGGGGAAGGGCUUGGAAGGCUUCAGCACCUGCGCGGCCAGCCAAAGCAGCAUUCAGGGCAGCGACAGCCCGAGCCUGGACACGGAGGCCAUGGUGGCGAUCCCCUCUGUGCUGGCUCCCGUGGAGGAGGAGGUUAUCCAGGGCAGAAAUGGCACCCGCCUGUUGGAAGCGGUCUCCGAAUGGUCGAGCUACGGCAACCCGGUAUCUGACACAUCGCAACCGCAGUAUAAACAGAGCGUUUCUUGGGCAGUGCCGCUGGACGGUCCCUGCGAACCUGAGGACUGGGAGUUGGAAGCUGCGGCAGUGGGCGCAGAGGUGUCGCAGCCGCAGUCCGCGCAUCACGACAUGCACGGCGGCCUCACGCAAGGCUUGCGCAUUUGAACGACCUGCCGGCCUGAUGGUUCGUCAUAUCCGUUUGCUAUACGGGAACUUGUGCAGAGUUUAAGACACCUGAGGUGCAGCCCAGCCUGCGUUUUGCAGCACUUGCUUGGACGGCAUCAUGCCGUCACUGUUUCGUUGCUGCAGGGCGGCUAAACCUGCGCAAUACUCCUCAUUUGGCAUUUGCCGUGCGUGAUGAGUUGUGGUUUCUCGGAUGCUCGGCUUGGAGGCUCAGGGUUGCUCC